AUGCCUCUUUCCGGACACUGCCUGUGCAAGGCUGUUACUUACACCGUUGACGUUGACGCGCCUUUGAUCACUGCCUAUGAUCACUGCGAUGACUGCCAGCGCCAGAGUGGCUCUACCUACUCUCUCGUCUCCGUCGUCCCCAAGGAGAAGUUGACCAUCAACGGCCCCGUCAAGAGCUGGGCUGGUAAGGGUUCUUCCGGCCACGCUGUCCACCGCAUCUUCUGCUCUGAGUGUGGCUCGCCGAUCGCUCACGACCCCGAUGCCGCCCCCGAGAUCAUCGCUCUUAAGGCCGGUACCCUGGACACUGAGAUCAAGAAGACUCUGAAGCCCGAUACUGAGAUCUGGACUGUCAGCAAACUUCCCUUCUGCCAGGAGCACCUCGCCAAGCCCUUCGAGCACAUGCCCAACUAG